AUGGGUUACUGGCAAUCAAAGGUUCUUCCAAAGAUCAAGAAGGUUUUUGAGAAGAACGGUGCCAAGAAGGCUGCUGCUACUGAAGCUUGCAAGUCCUUCGAUGACGCUAAGGAGGAGUACAGUAAGGUGUUUGAAGAGAAAAAGACUGAACUCCAACCAAAAGUUGUUGAAAUCUAUGAGGCUUCAUCAACUGUUGUCAAGACCUUGGUGAAGGAACCCAACGACGCCGGACUGAAGAAGAACUCGGCUGCAGUUCAGAAGUUCCUUGAUGAGCUCGUGAAAAUCGAUUUUCCGGGAUCAUUACCAGUUUCCAAAGCAAUUGCAAAGUUCGGAGCACCUUUGGUUCCAGGGCCAAUUUUCUUUGUUUUUGAGAAGGUCUCAACAUUUAUAGUUACAGAAGAGAAAAAAGAAGAGGAGGCUCCAGCAGAAACAAGUAGCAAAGUGAAGGAGUUAGUGGUUGAAGAAGAGAAGAAAGAAGAGGUAGUGGCUGAGGCUGCAGAGAAAACAGAGCCACCAGCGGAGGCUGCCCCAGCCUCCACAGAACCACCCAAGGAGGAAGAAGCACCGCCAGCAGAGACAAUCAAACCUUGA